AUGAGGUACAUUUACGCAGGAGAACUUGAACUAGAAAAUCUUUCAGGUGAAGAUACCCUCGGAUUAUUAAUCGCAUCUGAUGAAUUAUUGUUUGAAGAAAUUUUCAAACUUGUUCAAGAUCACUUGAUUUUAAAGCAAACUAGUUGGAUAAAGAAUAGUAAUAGAGCAGAGUGGGAUCAAGAGAAAUUUGAAGCAUUGAAGGAAACACUGGAUCCAUUCAUACCCCUAAUUCGAUUUGCGGAAAUUCCUCCCGCUGAUUUUUUUGAUAAAGUACGUCCUUAUAGGGCGGCAAUUUCUUAUCAGACUCUUGAAAAAAUUGAAGAAUAUCAUUAUAAAAAAUCUUUUAAAACAACAAUUUUGCCGACUCGCGUAGCAAACUUAGAAUCUUCAAUCAUUAGGCCAAAGCUUGCGACUAUUAUAUCUAAUUGGAUUGAGAAAAAUGAUUCAAAUAUUUUUUCAUCUAAUAAUAAAUAUAGGUUCGAUUUGAUUUACUCAAAUACUCGGGAUGGUUUUGAUUGUCAAACAUUUAAUACUAAAUGUAAUGGGCAAGGACCGUUUGUAGUAUUGAUAAAGGUUCAAUCAAAGGAAAUCUUUGGGGGAUAUAAUUCGAUCGGUUACGAAUUAAGAAAUGGGAAAUGGUUAUGUUCUUCGGACAACUUUAUCUUUUCUUUUGAAAAUGAUCAAGAUUCGCGUAAUAUGAAACUUGGUAGAGUAAUUCAUGCAAAUAGAUCUCAUUAUGAGCAUUGCGAUGAAUAUUUCAUAAACUUUGGUGAUAGUUUGUAUAUUGAAGAAAGGCAAAAACUUUACUUACGUAAAAAUGGAAAUUAUAUCAAUAUUCGGAAUAAUGUUAGUUGUACUAUGCCGAUUGAAGAAAUCGAAGCCUUUAGUGUAGAAAUGAAAUAA